AUCAAGAUUUCGAAUAACUAUUACCGAAGGUGUCUUUAUUCUCUUUUCUUCUACUGAGAUCUGGAAAACUUCGUCAUGUCCAUUCCUAAGUUCAUCAAGCCAUCCCGCCCGCUCACGUGGCUUAUAACCGGUUGCUCCUCCGGACUUGGUCUCGCACUGACUCGCGAAGUCCAGCGACACGGACAUACUGUCAUUGCAACAUCGCGACAGCCAUCCCGAACCUCAAAUUUGGUCGCGGAAGUGGAGGCAAACGGCGGGGAGUGGCAUGCGCUUGAUGUGGAUGACCUUUCCGCGGCGGGGACCCUGGUUGAUAAACUAGAGGCAUGCGGACACAACAUUGAUAUCUUGGUUAACAAUGCGGGAUACAUUCUGUUCGGGGCCGUGGAGCAAAUUUCGGAUGAAGAGCGCCGCCAACUGAUGGAGACUAUUUACUUCGGACCGAGCCGCCUGAUCCAAGCGCUUGUGCCCCGCAUGCGGGAGCGGCGUUUCGGAAUGAUCGUGAACAUUAGUUCCGGAGCGGCCUUAGAUGGUCGGGAUAGUAUGGGAGGAUAUGCGGCUGCAAAAGCUGCGUUGGAUGCCUCGACACGUGUGCUCGCUAAAGAGGUUGCCCCAUUCAAUAUUCGUCUGCUGACAGUCUGGCUGGGUACUUUCAAUACCAACAUAGAUAAUGCCUCUCUGAUCGCGCAAGCCCCCUUACCGGCGGAUUACAAAGGAUCGGUUGCCGAGCAGAUGAUGGAUGUCAUGAAGAGUGGAAAAUUUGUGGGAGAUGGUGACACAGGCAAGGCGGCCAGGGCGAUCUUUGACGUCACAGUUGGCGAGGGCGCUGGUGCUGGUCAUGGGGAUGAACGAUUCUUGCCAAUGGGUCGAGACAUGAUCCCUCGAGUUAGCCUCGUUCGUGACCAGUGUGCGCAUGCAUUGGAUGUGUUCGCGGAUAUCGCUGGGAAUGUAUAUGCUGAGCAAGGAAAAUAGAGCGUUGUGGGGGACCUGGAUCACCCUCCCCUGCUGUCACUUUACACCAUGUCGUACGGUGGAAGGUACCAUAAGGAGACAUGCCGGCGGACCAAGAAUGUGAACUACGUUUAACAAACGGGGAUUUGGCGGCAGUUAGGCAAAUUUCGUAGUC